UCUAAACAGCUAUAAGAUUAAUUUUCACUGGCUGCGAUAAUAAUUGAAAUUUAACAUAGUUAUCGUACAAAUUAAGUGAUGAAAAGUAUUGAAUUAACUGCUAAAAUACGUUACCAUUAAUAUUAAGAUGAAGAAAUAGUGAAAAAUAUAAAGUAAAGUGAGAAAAACCAGGAAAAUAAUUUUCGCAAAAAUAAGUCCAAUCAAAUAAAGUAGUAAAAGAAAAUCCCGGAAAAACAGUGGGAAAAAUCAAUAAAAAUGUGGAUAGAAAAUCGUAAAUGUGGAGUUGCAAUCCAUAAUUGGAAUGGAAAAGUUACUCACGGACUAGGACUAGAUGUUGGCGAUUUUGUCGAAAUAUUCGAAGAAAAUGGAUCUUGGUGGAGAGGUAGUUGCACACGAAAACCACGUUCCGUUGGAAUUUUCCCGAAAAGCUAUAUUCAUUUGAAAGAUCCAUUAAAAGAAGAUCCAGUUGUCGCAGAAUGCACUCAAGUUCUGAGAGAGUGGUCAGAAAUAUGGAAGAAACUUUAUGUGGAACGUGAGACUUACAAAUUUAUUACUUUGAGAAAGGUAAUAUUAUCGCUGCUUGAAAGUCGUCGUGAACUACUGAGUGCUACACUUACACAAGAUCAAACACUCGAUCUGCAAAUGAAUGUCAUCUCAAAAAUUGAUUGGGGCAACAGAAAACUCUGUCUUGAUUUGGUGCCCCGAGUCGGACCUUUGGCUGUUAACCCUCCAGAAGUUGGAAUUGUUGCACUCCAUAAUUUUCACUCGUCAAGUGAUGAAAACACAAAAAAUACUUCUAGUCGAGGAACUUUACGAAAAAAGGCACCUAAAAAGAUUCUCACUCAUCAUUUAUACUUAUGUAUGCGAGACUUUAGUUAUCGAGUUUGUGAGGAUGCAGAAAUAUACUUUUAUAUAUAUGAUGCCCAUCCGUCACGUCAAAGACAAAUAACUGAACGGUUUCUGGUCAGAAUAACCAAAGAUGGAUUUUCAACUUAUGACGUUGAUAUGCCACAUAGUAAUUGUACAGUCUUCACAGAUCUUGGUGAAGCGGAGCUCAAUUCGGAUUUAUAUAUUGUAGCCAAUGUUAUGCGAGUUGGUAAAAUUCAAUUCUCUGAUACAUCAAUGCGAAAAAGUGUUGAUAAAAGCGCUAUGUAUCAAUAUUAUCGACGUCCAUACGGUAUUGGUGUUUUACCAAUAACUGAUUUACGGCAGUUUGAUUGUUCCCUUGAACCUGAAGAACGAGAAUCGACUUUUAAAUUAUAUACUUGUGAUGAAAAAGAUUAUUAUCAGCUACAUGAAUUAAUUAUUAAAAAAGCAACUGGAAAAUUUUCGCCAAUAACUGCAACUGCUUCAAAUUAUGGAAUCUCUGUUUCAAUGAAAUUAAUUUAUGGAGGUCUUGGUCAAGCUCAGAUAGACCAACCUUUGUUAUUUCAAGGAUCUAACACAAGAAAAAUGGGAUUUCCUGAUGUAGUUCUGCCUGGUGAUGUUCGAAACGAUUUAUUUUUGACAUUAGAUCACGGUGAAUUUGAACGAGGUGGAAAAUCUACAGCUAAAAACAUUGAAGUCAGUGUUUUAGUCUGUGAUUCGGCUGGUGGAAUAUUAAGUGACUGUUUAAGUGGUGGUGCAGGAUGUGAAAAUACAAUGUAUUACCGUUCAAUGAUUAUUUAUCACAACAACUCUCCUUCAUGGAAUGAAACACUUCGAUUAAUGGUACCUAUUGACAAAUUCGCUAAUUCACAUGUUCGUUUUGAAUUUAGACAUUGCUCAACUAGAGAUAAAUCGGAACCGAAAAUGUUUGGAUUUAGUUUUGCUCGUUUAAUGGAACAUGAUGGUGCAACAAUUGCUGAUGGUGGACAUGAACUAUUUGUAUACAAGUGCGAGGAUCAUUCUAAAUUACAAGGGGGCCACUAUUUGAAGCUACCAUGUUCAGUUUCCGAUGAGCAAGCUUCACCUGAUGUUAUUCCAAUGUUUCCAAGAAGUAGCAAAGAAACAGUUUUCAUAAAAACACUUUUGUGCUCUACGAAACUAACACAAAAUGGAGAUUUGUUGGCUCUUCUUCAAUGGCGUAAUCAUCCAGAAAAAAUUAAGGACUCAUUAGCUCGUGUUUUGAGAUUAAAGGAUGAAGAACUUGUAAAGUUUCUCCAAGAUGUUCUUGAUGCUCUUUUUGAAUUAUUCUCUACAGAAGAUGGAAACAGUACUGAGCAUUCUGGUCUUGUAUUUCAUGUCUUGGUCAGCAUCUUCAGCUUGUUAAAAAGUAACAAGUUUCAACAUUUUAAACCAGUAAUGGACGCAUAUAUAGAAAAUCAUUUUGCUGCUGCACUUGUCUACAAAGGACUUUUGUCAUCCGUUCAACAUUGUGCUGAGUGGUUAACUACAUCUGAUCGACCAGAGCCCAUAAAAAAAUGUUUUGAAUCGAUAGAAUAUGUUUUUAAGCUUAUUAUUCAGUCUAGAAAGCUUUUUGCAGAAGCAACUGGAGGACAAUUUGAAGAAUCAUUUCGUCGUGAUUUACAAAUGGUUUUUGUAUCACUCGAUAAUAUGUUAAGCGUACCAAGUUCUGAAACAACAUUGCCCACACAAGAAGCCAUGCUUGAUGCAUUUGGAGUUGUUAUGGAGCUUAUGGAGAAUACUUUGUCGCCAAAUGAAAUUGGGAUGCUUAUAAAAAAUCUUAUUGAUGCUAUACCAAGAGAUAGCAAUCCAAAUUUAGUGAAAGCAAAGCUAAGGGCAUUGAAAGAUCUUGUAAGUGGAAAAUUGUUUCACAGUGAUGAUACACGAUCAAUUAUUCUUACCAUUGCUUGUGAACAUCUGUCAUAUCAUUUGAGUAAACGUGAUGAACUCAAGUUAUGCUCGGAAAUGCUUGGAGAAAUUUUGAUUCAUUUGAAUAAUUUGAAAAAUCAAAAACAAGAAAAUAUCGAUAUUGAGUUAUUUGAACUGUGCAGAAAUAUUCUUGGUGUUUUAACUGAAACAGUCAUGCUAAUUUUAACAACUUCACUAAACGUUUUGAGCUCUUUGAUUACUGUUUUACUGGGAUUGCUAGAAUUAAUGGAUGAAGAUCAUUAUAAAAUGGUUUUUGACGAUUUGAGUAUUAAUGGAGAAACGAAGGACUUUCUUCAUCGUUCUUUGCUCGUAUUCAAGGAACUUUUAUCUCAAGAUAUUUUUCCUAGUGACUGGCUGGUUAUGAAGAUGUCUGCUAAUAACAUUAUUAAGAAAGCUUUAGAAGAAUUUGCAAAACCAUUGGUUUAUCGCUUUUUAGGAUCUAAUUCAUUUGAUUCGCAGCUAUGGUGUUCCUAUUUUAGUCUUGCUGUUACAUUUUUAACACAACCAAGUCUUCAGCUAGAACAAUAUCACGAAGUAAAACGACGCAAGAUAUUAAACACUUAUGGUGACAUGCGAGUUAGUAUGGGACUUCAAAUUCUUUCUAUGUGGAGUCAACUAGGUAACCAUAAACUUCAUUUUAUUCCGUCGAUGGUGGGUCCAUUCUUGGAAGUCACUUUGGUUCCUGAACCAGCGUUAAGAAAAGCGACACUCUCAGUCUUUUAUGAUAUGAUGCAAUGUGAACAAAGUGCUAGAGGAAGCUUUCGACUUGUAGAAAGUGAGCUCAUAGACAAAUUAGAUUUGCUGAUUAGCGAAAAUAAAGGAGAUGACGAGUAUCGAGAACUCUUUAGUACAAUGGAGGAUCUCAGUAUUGCGUUGAAUGAACAUGUUGAAGCUGAAAAUCCUCCUUGGAGAGAAACCGGAAUUGCAUUUAUCAACUCAGUUACACAAUUAUUGGAGCGUCUUUUAGAUUAUCGCAGCGUAAUGCAGGGUGAUGAAAAUCGAGACAAACGUAUGACUUGCACUGUAAAUUUGCUCAACUUUUAUAAAACAUUGAAUCGAAAAGAAAUGUAUUUGAGGUAUAUCUAUAAACUACAUGAGUUACAUGUUUCAAGCAGCAAUUAUAUUGAAGCAGGCUUCACAUUAAAAUUAUACGCAGACAUGUUAAGCUGGGAAAAUGAUACUCUAACCUUCUUACCUCAUGAAAAACAUGAUAGUACAGGUCAGCCAGAAUGGAAGAGAAAAGAAAAGUUGUAUCAACAGAUUAUUAGUUAUUUCGAUAAAGGAAAAUAUUGGGAAGGAGGAGUUCCUUUAUGUAAAGAACUAGCACAAUUUUAUGAAACGAAGCUAUAUGAUUAUAAUAAGUUAAGUGAAAUACUCACAACUGAAUCGAAAAUUUUUCAAAACAUUUUAACACAAAUAAGACCGGAACCUGAAUACUUUAGAGUAUUUUUCAUUGGAAAAGGAUUUCCAUUAUUCGUUAGGAAUAAGCAAUUUGUGUAUAGAGGAUUGGAGUAUGAAAGAAUAGGUGCAUUUACACAACGUUUACAAACGGAGUUUUCUUCAGCACAAUUAUAUACCAAAAAUUCUCCGCCAGAUAUUUCAAUAAUGAAUUCGAAUGAACAGCUAUUUCAAAUUAGUACAGUUCGACCAAUUAGUGAUCGAAAUCAUCUUAAAAAUGCAACAAAUGUCGUACCAGAAAAGAUUUCUAGAUUUUAUGAAGUAAAUGAUGUCAUACGAUUUCAACAUGAUCGCCCAAUUCACAAAGGACAAUUUGAUAAGAACAAUGAAUUUAAAUCAUUAUGGAUAGAACGUACAACAAUAGAUAUUGCAGAACAAUUACCAAAUAUUUUGCGAUGGUUUGAAAUCAGAAAGCAAACUCUGCGUGAAUUGCCUCCUGUUGAAGUCGCAUGUGAAACUCUUUCAAAUACUCUCAAAGAACUUGAAGAUCUGAUUAAUCAAUAUAAAUUGGAUAAUAAAAGAAAUCUUAAUCCAUUUACUAUGAGAUUGAAAGGUACAAUUGAUGCAAAUGUCCAAGGUGGUAUUCCGAAAUAUCAAGAAGCAUUUCUUUCGGAAGCAUAUUUAACUUCAGCUGAGGGAAAAGAUCCAAUUGUUCAAAAAUUAAGGACUUUAAUUGUGAAUAUAAUUCAAAUACUUGAUAGUGCACUUGAAUUACAUGGAAAAUUGGCACCGACAGAGGUUCAACCUCUUCAUAAGCUUCUUGUUGAGCGUUUUAAUCAUUUCCGUGACAAUUUGAAUUGUUGGGGGAAGGUACGACGUCAAAAGUCAGAAAGUAUUAUUAAUACACCUCUCCCACCUUUGCCAACUUCAAUUCCUCGAAAUGAUUAUGAUCAUGAUGAUACUUAUUCUCAAAUUAAAAGCAGUAAUUAUAAUGGUUAUGGAAGUGUUAACAGAAAAUCAUUGGAAUUGCCUGAAAUUGGAUCACAACCACCUCCACGUCCAUCAAAAAGUAGCUUCGAAUAUGUUAAUAGUCCAGAAGUUCCACCAAAAUUAAUUUUCAAGCAAAAUAAUGCACCACCUUUGCCACCUCGUUAUACUCCCGACAAAAGAAUGUCUAACCCUCAGUAUUUCGAUUCUCCAGGUGAGGGUCCUAAUGUUCGAAGAUCUCAAAAACUUCCUUACGAAAUUGUCGAUGUUUACGAAGACUCUUCAGAAAUUGAUUUUGAUGUUGAAUCAGAUAUGGUACAACGAGAUUCUGGAAUUUCUACUAAUUCUCAAGAAGUUCAGAAUCCGUACUCUGCAAGUACUAAUUCACUUCCUAUGAUAAGUGGAUAUCACUUACCUUUACGUGGACAUCAAAAAACAAGCUCCAACCCCGAAGAUUUUGUACGGCAAAAGCUUCGACAAGUAAAUUCGACUGACUCAAUUGAAUCAAAUCUUGCACCAGCUCUUCCACCAAAGAAUUUCAUGCUUCAAAAUUAUGAAGACAAUGAGAGUUUUACCAACUCUGAUUCUACAUCUGAAAGUUUACCGCUUCCUCCUAUUCCACCAAUAAAACAAAUGCAUUUACCAAACGGAAACUGUUCAACCGUGCCAUGUUGCGAUUAUGAGAUAAAUCCAGACAAUUUGCAGCCAUGUUGUGUGCCAAAUCGUGACGAAAAUAUUGAUUGUGAGGAAGUCUGCUAUUGUGACAACCCACCACCAAAUCAGCCAUGCUGUUGAACUUGAACUUCAGCACAUAUUUUAUAAAACUUAUAUUUAUUCUAAAUAUUCUUCAAAGACAAUGCUUUUAAAUUGAAGACUUUCAAUUUUUUUAUCGCUUAAUAUUAACAAAUAUGAUAUUUUUAUUCCAAAAACUGUAUGAGAUAGAUAUGUGAAUUUUAAAUGUAAAAAAUGUUUUGAAAUGAAUAUGAUAUGAAUUGUAUUGAUUAAGAAUGAGACAGUUAUGAUAAGAUUUAUAUGAUAUUAAAAAAUAUUUUAGUCAUUUUUAUAUUCCAAAAUAUACCUUACAUAUUUCUCUAAAAUUAUAUUAUUAUAAAG